AUGAAUAUUCAAGGUUCAAAUUUCAUGGUGAAAGGAAUAGCAUUUACCAGAGGUUCAAGAGGAAUUCGUGUCGGGCCGGCUGUUACAACUAAUGGAAUUUUCGACAAUAUUUACAUUUACAAUACCACUGGAACAGCAUUUUCAGCCAAUGAUGCUGGCAAUGAAUAUGUUAAUAUAACAUUACGAAAUAGUGAAAUAACAAAUACAAAUGCUAUGAGUCCUACAACGGGUGAAUGUGUUUAUCUCGGAUGUUCCAACGAUGGAUGUCGAGUUCGUGAUUCUAUCAUCGACCAUAACUACUGUCAUGAUACACUUGGUUCAUCAGAAGGAUCACGAGCUGGAUUCCAAGUCAAAUCUGGUUCAUACAAUGUUAUUAUUCGUAAUAAUGUUUGUUAUAAUGUAGUUGGGCCCUGUAUUAUUGUUUAUGAUGAUUAUGAUCGUGGACGACAUUUGAUUGAUGGAAAUUUGGCAAUCAAUGCUGGAACAGGUGACCUCGGAAUACAAUGUACAUCUGGAACGACAAUCACUAAUAAUAUUGUGAUUAAUGCCAAUCUUGCUGGAAUUGGCGUCAUACAGAAUUCAAUUAACCCUGCUAAAAAUUAUAUUCGAAAUAUAACGAUUAGUCGAAAUACUGUUUACAUGUCGCAAUUGGAUGCAUGUCUUCGUUUAAACGGUGUUACAAAUAAUAAUAUUAUAAUAUCCAACAAUGUACUAUACUGUAGAAAUCAACCAUCAAUCAAAGCUACAAAUGAUUUAACAGGUGCUUCGAUUUACAAUAAUGCUGUCAAUGGUUCUAUUAAUGCUGCAGGCAUUCCACAAAAUGGAACGUUCAUGGUCUCCAACAAUGUCUUCUCCGAUGCUGCAGCCAGGAACUUUUAUCCAGCAGUAGGAUCUCCGUUGAUCAAUGCAGGUGCGAAUCCAUUGCAACAAGCUCUUUAUGAUUACAAUGGAAUGACGCGAUCCAACACAAUACCAACAGUUGGUGCAUAUGAAUAUUCUACUACAAAUAAUCCCGGCUGUGCAACAACAAACAGUUUUAAAUGCGGCUUAUCCACAGCUGCUGUACCAGAAUAUCCUCUAAUCCCUUGA